AUGGCGAGGAAGAGAUCUGCCAUUGAUUUUCAGUUCGGAGAGUGUAUAGGAGAAGGAUCUUAUUCCAAAGUGUUUAGAGGAGUCUCCAUUCACAACCACCGCACGUAUGCCAUUAAGAUUUUGUCGAAAUCGCACAUCCAUCGAGAAAACAAAAGGAAAUAUGUCAACAUUGAGAAAGAUACGCUCAACUUUCUUGGUAAGCAUCCGGGUAUAGUGACUUUGUAUUAUACUUUCCAAGAUGACAAGUCUCUCUAUUUUGUGAUCGAUUUUGCCAAGAAUGGCGAGCUCUUGAGUCUGAUUCGUAAAUUGGGCUCGUUGAGCGAAUCGCUCAGCAAAUAUUACUUUGCCCAAUUGAUUGAUGCUGUGGAGUUUAUUCAUUCAAAGGGUAUAAUUCACCGAGACUUGAAACCUGAAAACGUUUUGUUGAAUCAUGAAUGGAAACUUAUGAUUACAGAUUUUGGUGCCGCCAAGAUCCUCACAGAAGAAGAGAAAAAUCAAGGGUAUCUUUCACAGAGUGUGAACGAUAAGGGUGACAACUCCAACAGUUCCACCCGCACAGGUUCGUUUGUUGGAACAGCCGAAUACGUUUCGCCAGAGCUGCUUAAGUACAAUAUUUGCGGGUUCGAAUGUGACCUUUGGGCACUUGGCUGUAUCCUAUAUCAAUUUAUUGUCGGACGUCCUCCAUUCAAAGGGCAGACCGAAUACCUCACGUUUGAGAAAAUUAUAUCUCUCGAAUAUGGCUACCCUAAGAACUAUUAUGUCCCGGCACCAAUUGAAAACAUAAUCAGCAAGCUGCUGGUACUCGAUCCAGAGAGAAGACUCACAAUAGAUCAUUUGAAACAACAGCCCUGGCUUCAGAAUAUAGAAUGGAACAACACAGAUUCCAUUUGGAAAACUAAGGUCCCAAAGUUGGAACCUUACAAUUCACGUAUGCAUCCACAACUACUGCCGAAACAACCAAUUGCGAAUCCAAGUUCUCAGUAUUAUGUUCCUCCAAAUGGAAAACUCACGAGCAAAACUUCUUCGAUGCCCCAACAUGUUUUGAAGCGUCAAAUCAUGAACGCACAAAAUAACCCGCAGCUGAUGAGUAAAGUUCUUUCUCAUAGGCUCUCAGAGAAGAACAAGGAGGUCAAAGACCAGCUGAUCAAAGAUCAAACAGCGUUGUCAUCUGCAACAGCAGCUGCCAAGAACACCAAAUCAUCGCAGUCACCAUCGAGCGGUUUCCAUAACAGGAACGAGAUUGUUGAGAAAAGAAACAGUUUGCAGUUUGUCAACCCUGACAACUCUUCAAUCACUCCACCUAUCUCUCGAAGUUCCUCUCCCUCAAGCGACUCCUUGAAAACAACAAAUACUUAUCGCUCGAUCCAAACAGGAACUAGUGGGGAGAAGAACGGAUCGAUAAGAACACCCCCUCUCUCAACAACAACAGCAGAAUAUACCACAAAUAGACCGUUCGUUCCUGAAGGUCCCGUGAAGCGUGUAUCUUCAGAGUCUGUUAUAAGAGUGCCCACUUCGCCCAAGAACGUUACCGUCGCCAAACGAGGCGAGCAGACAGAGAAAAAAUCAUCGAGUCGCGCACCUUCCAUCAACGAGUUACUAGGACUUCCACAGCCAAGCUCCCAGGCUGUAAGUGCUGCUGGGGCCAUCGGAAACAUGAUGUCCCACAAGCGUACAUUAAAAUCAUCCACAAGCCUCACAAACACGCAAUACCAAAUACAACAGCAACAACAGAUGAUCAAUCCUAUCUUGCUUGACAAGCAGAUACCAAAGGGGAUCACAAACAAAUUGAUGGCCAACGAGUACAUUUUGAAACUGGACAACAUUUUCAAAUCAGAGCUUACUCACAAGCCGAAUCAGUUUGUCAGCCAAGGCCAAACUCUUGAUGAUACAAUUUUGAACAAGGUGAUUACAGAGAACUACCAGAGCUUGAAUAGAGAUUUGAAGAGCUGUAUUCUUAUCAUCACAUCAAUGGCCAGACUUUUGAUUUAUGAGAUCAAUUCUGAUUUCAAGUUACAAAACCCCCAAUCUUCAACACAGCUGCAGGCUAUGGACUUCUAUUCCAAAAUUGUGGAAGUGAAACUGACGAACCGCAACAUUUCAAUGUAUGAUUACGAGUUUGACGAGGAAUUGAAGGAAGGAUAUUUGAUUCUUGAACUCAUGAACAUGAACAAGCUGAUAUUCCUUAGCGCGUAUAACCCGAAAACUCUGGUUCGGGGUGGAAUCAAUUCCAAUGUGCGAAUUGGGUUCAAAGUGAACGAGUCUGUUUCUUGGAUCGACUCUUUGCUGAAAGCUCGAGAGCUAUUGCGCCAGAGCAAGGAGCCACCCGAGUCUACUGCCAAACAGGCUUCAAAGAGUACUGCUAAGAAAACUAGCCGACCAGGUUCAGGAUCUGGCAGCAGGAUUAUGAGGAGAAGCUCUUCUCAAAAUGGCUCGGUGGCCAGUUUGAGCAACGGAGUGAAACAGAUGGAACUGAGCGACAAGUCGAAGGCUGCGGCUGCGGCAGCUUUGGCAAUCGGCAAAAAAGUGCAUUAA